GAGUAUUUAUACGCAUGCGCAUUGAGCUUCUAAUUCAAAUUAGCGCCAACUGAGGACUAUUUCAGUUUCUGCAGCUCGGAGGCUGGUUGAAGAGUUGGAGUCUGCAGCCCCCCCGCUGUGCUUGAACUGGAUAGGACCAUGACUAGGAGAAGUGCACGCCAGCAGAGGAGAUCUGAAAAUGUUGCAGGGCAGAAAGGCAAAGGAAAUAAGCAAUGCGGCAGAAAAAAAGUUCAGCCCCUGUCAAAGCUGCAGUGUGAGAAGAACCAGCUGGUACUUGAAGACGUCGCCGAGCCUCGUCUUCUCGUUGAGGAUCCUGAGACAGAAGUAAAGACGGACGUUGUGGAUGUGGAUUUUAUUUCAGGAGAUUCUUUGGUUCGUCCGUCACCUCUACCUCCCCUCAGAUGGGGCUCUUCUGAAGACGUGUGGGGGAAGAUGGUCAGACGGGAACAAAAUUACUCGCAUAGCAAGAGCUUUGUGCAGAAACACCCGACAAUACAACCCAGGAUGAGAUCGAUCCUGCUCGACUGGCUGAUCGAGGUGAGUGAGGAGUACACUCUACACCGGCAGACGUUUUACCUCGCUCAGGACUAUUUUGACCGCUUCAUGUUGACCCAGAACAACAUGGAGAAGAACAUGCUGCAGCUCAUCGGGAUAACUUGUCUUUUUAUAGCAUCAAAGAUGGAGGAAGCCUGUCCUCCAAAGCUGUCGCAGAUGGCCUACAUAACCGCGGCGACGUACUACGAGGAGGAGAUUCUUCAGAUGGAGUUAAUCAUUUUAAAGGCUCUGAGGUGGAAGCUUUGCCCGGAGACCGCCGUGUCUUGGCUCAAGCUUUACUUCCAGAUGGCAUCAAUGAACUUCAACUCUGACCUGCUGGAGCAGCAGUUUCCUCAGGAGGCUUACAUACAAAUGACCCGACUCUUAGAUCUGUGUAUCCUCAACAUUAACUCUCUGGACUUUGAGUAUCGAGUGUUGGCUGCCUCCGUCCUGAGCCAUUUCAUGAAACAGGAAACGGUGGAAAAAGUUUCAGGUCUAUCCAAAGAUGAGGUCCAGCCGUGCGUUAACUGGAUGGCCCCAUUUGUCGAAUCUGUGAGCCAGUCUGGAAAUUUGACACUAAAGGAAUUUGUCAAAAUCAAGAAGGACGACAGACACAACAUUCAGACUCACACAGACUACUUGACCAUGCUGGAUGCCACUGGUGAAAAGGAAGUGGAGAUCCAGUUCCCCACUCCUCCCAGCAGCACCGAGAAACCCUGCACACACUGAGCUACAAGAGGAAGACUCUGGAGUGAGUGUGCACAGAGAUGACGGGGGGGGCCCGUUCAGUGGACGACUGUUUACAAAAAGUCCGGAUGGGAGUUUAUUCCACACUCUGCCGAUGAGAAACAUGUCAAAGAAAGCAUUAUCAAAGUGUUAUAGUCGUACAUUUUCUACAAUCUUUCAUCUUGGUUUGAGCUUUUUGCAUGAUUAUUUUUCUUCAAGCUGUUUUAAGCAUCACUGUGCUUUAAUUUUAAAAGAAAUGUGUCUGGAAAAAAAAAAAAAAGCAUCAAGGUUUGCUGUAAGUUAUUUUAUUUCUGAGAAAUACUGUAAAUGAAAGUGAUGUGCAUUUUUAUUAAAAAAAAAAAAAAAAGAUAUGUAGCAAAUCAAAUAUGUACAGUUAGAUUUUUAAAUACUGCUUCAGGGUCGGAUCAAAUGUUUUUAUUCUGUGAAAUGUGAGCUGUUCUGUUUACCUCUGAAGUGCUGAAGAAAACUUGAAACACAAUCAGUAAGUUCCAUUUUUUUUUUCAUGAAAGCUCAGAGUGAAAGAAGUACACUCGUUUUUUUGUGUAUCUGAUAAAUAUCGAUUCAUAUCAAAGCUGUUGUUUGUGUAACUCAGGAACAUUUACAGUUGUUUUUAAGAACUCAUUGUAAAUCAUAACAUGUACAUGUGUAUUUAUUUAGAAAUGUAUUUUCUACCACAAAAUAAAAU